AAGACGGAAAUGUCAAACAAUUUCUCCCAAGCUGAAGUUGUGGAGCUCUGCUAUGAGAACGUGAAUGGAUCCUGCAUCAAAACGUCCUAUUCUCCUGCUCCUCGAGCAAUUCUGUAUACAGUGCUUGGAUUUGGGGCCGUGCUGGCAGUGUUUGGAAAUUUACUAGUCAUUAUUGCUAUCCUUCACUUUAAACAGUUGCACACACCUACAAACUUUCUGAUCGCCUCUCUGGCCUGUGCUGACUUUUUGGUGGGAGUGACUGUGAUGCCCUUCAGCACAGUGCGGUCUGUGGAGAGCUGCUGGUACUUUGGGGAAAUUUACUGUAAAUUUCACACAUGCUUUGAUACUUCCUUCUGUUUUGCUUCUUUAUUUCACUUGUGUUGUAUCUCUAUUGACAGAUAUAUUGCUGUGACUGAUCCUUUGACCUAUCCAACUAAGUUUACUGUCUCCAUUUCUGGAAUAUGCAUUAUUCUCUCUUGGUUCUUUUCUGUCACAUACAGUUUUUCAAUCUUUUACACUGGGGCAAAUGAAGAAGGAAUUGAGGAAUUAGUAGUUGCUCUCACCUGUGUAGGAGGCUGUCAGGCUCCCUUGAAUCAAAAUUGGGUCCUUCUUUGUUUUCUUCUAUUCUUUUUACCCACAGUCGCCAUGGUAUUCCUAUAUGGCAAGAUAUUCUUGGUGGCUAAACAACAGGCUAGGAAGAUAGAAAGUACAGCCAGCCAAGCACAGUCUGCUACAGAGACUUAUAAAGAGAGAGUAGCAAAAAGAGAGAGAAAAGCUGCUAAAACCUUGGGUAUUGCUAUGACAGCAUUUCUUGUCUCUUGGCUACCUUACAUUAUUGAUGCAAUUAUUGAUGCUUAUAUGAAUUUUAUAACCCCUGCUUAUGUUUAUGAAAUUUUAGUCUGGUGUGUUUAUUAUAAUUCUGCUAUGAAUCCCUUAAUAUAUGCUUUCUUUUACCCGUGGUUUCGGAGGGCAAUAAAACUUAUUGUAAGUGGCAAAGUCUUUAGGAAUGAUUCAUCAACUAUUAAUUUGUUUUCUGAGGAAGCAGAUAUAGACUGA